AUGCGCUCGCUUAUCUUGUUGUUGGUGAUUGUAAGUUUUCUCACGUAAUUUAGACAGUAAAUGUGAUUUUAAGCAGCAGAGUGUGAUAUUUAUGGGUUAAAGCUUGUUUUGGGUCAACAUAUUUGAAAAAAAAAUUUUUUGGUUUUUUGUUUAUAAUAAUGUCAGUAAAACUAAUUUUAUAUUCUAGACAACAACGUCAACCUCUUUUGGCAAGCAUCAUUUGAACAAGUUGAGAAAAGUUCAACUCAAUGUAGAUGAAACAGCGUUGAGAGACGUUGAGAAAAGUUAUUUUACUCAGAAACUUGAUCAUUUUGAUUUGAAGAACAAGGAUGAAUGGAAACAAAAAUAUUACGUAAACAAUGUUAACUAUGAAGAUGGUGGACCAGAGUUUUUGUACAUUGGAGGAGAAGGACCGGAACAUGGAUAUUACAUUUCGUCGAGGUCAAAUUUGAAUGUAUGGAGCGAGAGAAUGAAGGCCAGAAUGUGGAGUUUGGAGCAUCGCUUCUAUGGAGAGAGCCAUCCCAAACCGUGAGUUCAAAUUUUAUAUUAAUAAAGGUCAAAAAAUUUCAAAAAUUAUAUUUUCGGUUGGGUUUGAUGCUUAAAAUGACGUUUCAAAAAAACCAAUUUGAAAUAUGAUAUUGAAAUUAGUCUACAAUAUGAUAUUAUAGUACCCAAACAACAGAAAACUUGAAAUACCUGACGAGUCAACAAGCCUUGGCUGAUUUGGCCAACUUUAUCAGAUCAAAGAAUGACGAGUUACAAUUGACCAACCCAAAAUGGGUCGUAUUUGGGGGAUCUUAUCCUGGAGCUCUUGCUUUAUGGUUCCGAGUGCUGUAUCCUGAACUUACAGUAGGAGCUGUCGGAUCUUCAGCACCAAUAGAUAUUCAAAUGGACUUUUAUGGUAUGUUAAAAUGUAAACUACGUUAUAUAGAUUGUGUAUUACUUUAAGCUAAUUUAAGGUUACCUCCGAGUAUGUCAAGACUCCUACCGGUCAUACAGUGAAAAGUGUGCUGACAAUAUCGGCAAAGCCUUCACUCAUCUCCAGCAACUUAUGGACGAUAGAAAAGGUCGAAACCGAUUAGAAGCCGCCCUUCAUGUGAAGCCGUUGUUUGAAUAUCAAAACUUGACAUUCACUGAUUUGGAGAACUUUUAUUUGAAUGUCAUUGAAAGCUUUCAAGGCGCCGUGCAGUACAAUAGGGUUAAUGGGGUGAGUUCGACAUUACAUAUAGUAGAUUUUUCAAAUAAUUCUGCGCUCUUUAACUCAAAAAGUGUAUGCGAUGGAGCACAGAUCUAUAUAAAAAACAUUUUUUAAUUUUAAAAAAUGUUUAGGUUUUUUAUUUUUGAAACUUUAAAAUUUAGGGAAUUUAUGAACUUGCUGCCAGCAUUCCUGAUGUUUGUGAGAUUAUGGAAGAGCCCGAAGGCUUCCCAGUGAACUAUUUAAUCAAGGUAUAUCAAUACAUUUCACAGUACGAAGGUAGAGAUCCAAAUGUUUUUAACGAUGACUACAACAACAUGAUCAAAGAGUUACAGAACCCAGAGUUUCAUCCUCGCAGUGGUCGGUUUUUUUGAAUUAAAAGUUUUAAAUUGUUUUGUCAAGAUUUUUUCUUGUUUUUUUGAAUUUACAGUUAAAUAUACAUAUUAUUUAUUAUAUAUAAAUUUAUAAUUAGGAAAGUUACUGUACAUAAUAUUAUAUUACAACUACAGAAGAAAGAUCAUGGAUAUGGCAAACAUGUAAUGAAUUUGGAUAUUUCCAAACAACAGCUUUCGAGAAAAACAUUUUUGGUACUGGAGCCCCAGCUGACUACUACUAUGACAUGUGUACGGACAUCUUUGGCAAGGAAUACAAUGUUGACUAUGUUAAAGCAGCUACCAGAAGAACUCAAGACUUCUACGGAGAAGCUGAUGAAUACAAUGUGAGGUUUACGACUUGAUUUUUUAUUAUUUUUUAAUGUCAAUAUUUUUAUUUAAUUGCUAUAACAAGAUCAAAAAGAAGCUUUUUAAAGCAUAGAUUGAAAAACUAUACCUACUACAAUAUAUUGAAUCUUCCAGGGUACCCACGUAGUAAUUCCAAACGGUUCCAUUGACCCAUGGCAUGCUCUAGGCACUUAUGCCAACAGUUCCGAGCUAGACCAGUAUUCGUAUCUUAUCAGUGGAUCAGCUCAUUGUGCUGACAUGUGUCCACCGAAUGAAGCUGACGUUCCUGGACUUGAUCAUAUACGCUCAGUAAUUUUUGAAAAACUACAGGAAUGGACUGGGAACAGUAGAUUUUCAUACGAUAAUGAUGUGAAUAAUACUGAGGAGCAUAUAGAACAGAAUGACAGUGAUGGAGACAGAAGACUGCUUGUAAAAAAGGAGGAGAUUGACGUGAACAACGUUUGUUUUGGAUGUGCUGGCAAGGAAAAGGUAACAAAAUUUUAAACUAUUAGCUUGUUCAUAUAAUUAUGUGCCCUCUAACCCCGAAAAUUUGUUUUCAGAGGGGCACAGAAUUAUUUGAACACCAUAAUCAAAUAAAAAGUAAAAGGUUUUGUCUUCAAAACGAACAAAUUUAAAAUCUUUAAGCAGUUCCUAAUACAAAACUUCUACUGAAUAACUUAGUAAUAUAACCAUUUAGUCCUACUCAAAUAAAGAAAUCUCAAGGUUAGAAGAACUGCAAAGCAUACGAAAGAUAAUGCCACUUCAUCGAACAAAAAAUUUGGUUUUUGAAAAUGAUUCUGACUAUCCAGAUGCUUCUACAUUCACACAAGUAGCUGACCAUUUUGAUGAUGAGAACAAUGAAACUUUCGUUCAAGUAAGCGACUAUUUUAGAAGCCUUAUACACCAUUUUCGAAACUAUUACUUAAACAUACGAUACAGUAAAAUAUUUUUACUUAUACUAACAUUUUUUUUCAAAAACAUACAAAAUGUACUACUUUUUAGUACUUUUAGUUGAACGAAAAGUACUACAAAGAAGGUGGGCCUUUGUUUUUGUACAUUGAAGGAGAAGCGCCGCUAGGAACAGAUAUGGUUUAUGAUGAAGACUUGCCAUUGGUUCAGUACGCUAAAGAAGUUAAUGCUGCUGUAUAUGGCUUAGAGCACAGAGACUAUGGUGACAGUAAUGUAACGGAGUACGUCGAAAAGUUUUGGUUUGUAUGUUAGUUAUUAGGUUGUUCAAGUAAUUCUGUGCCCCCUCAACGCAAAUUUUUGGGGUUAGAGAACCCAGAAUUGUUUGAACCAGCUAUAAAUAAUACUAUAUUAUAAUACCAGAGAUUUUUAAAAACCAUUAUAUUAAAGGCUGCAUACCCAUUUUAAUACCUCAAUAAGGCAAAAGUAGUACUACAAACCUUAUUCUAGAGACUUAUCAUUGGAAAACCUAAAAUACUUAACAUCUCAACAAGCUCUGGCAGACAUUGCCAACUUUAUAAAGACGAUCAACAAAGCCAAAGGCUACAAAAACCCCAAAUGGAUCACUUUUGGCGGAUCUUAUGCUGGUGCUUUGUCAGCGUGGUUCAGAAAAGUGUACCCAGAACUGACCGUUGGUACUAUUGGCAGCUCCGGUCCUGUUGAGGCUAAAGUGGACUAUUUUGGUGAGUGUAAAAAGGCACAAAGGUAGAUCUGUAUAGUUGGGUUAAAACCAUAACAAAACCAGUAGUAAAAUAUAUUCAUGGAGAGGUGAUUUACCUAGGUUCCCUUACAACCCUGGAACGUUUGGCUUUCCUUGGCUUCUUAAUUUACCAGGAGUACAGGCUGGUCCUAGUGGGUCAGGCAUUAACCGCAUAAUAACCAAUAUCAUCAGUUUUUAGAGUACAUGCAAGUUGUAGAAAACUCAACAAGAAACUGUAUAGACAAGGUGAAACAAGGAGUCGAUACUCUCCAGAAAAACAUUACCAGCGUAGAAGGCCGAAAGUUACUUGUUGAAAAACUCAAGUAAGUCAGUCUCCCCGUCUCAAAAGUCCUAUCAAUUGUAAAACAAUGACAUUUAUAGCAUACAAGGCGAUAUCCAAAAAUUUGAAGCAGAAUACCUUGAUACUUUCGAUGAGAUGGCAUUCUUUGACAAUUUGAUCGGUGAAUUCGCAUUUGAAGUGCAAUAUAACCCACAUGUAAGAAUAUUUCUAUAAUUUAAAACGACGUAAUACUUACCAUGCGUGUACUUAUUAGGUUGUUAAAAUAAUUCUGUGCCCUUUCUCAAAGCAAAUGUUUGAAGUUGGAAGGUACAUAAUUACUUGAACAACCUAAUAUAACGACUACAACACAGAACAUUGAAAUAUAAAACUUACAGGGCCCACACAGCCAAAUCGAUGUCUUGUGUCUUCUUUGGAAUAAUGAUACAAAAGAUAUUUAUGAAAAAAUUGGACAAACGUCAACACUCUUUAGCUUCGAUUAUGAACAGAUUUUAGAAUUGUUUAAAGGUACAGAACCGGAUAACUUUUACAGGGCAUGGAUCUGGCAAACGUGUAAUGAAUUUGGGUACUACCAGUCGACUGACAUUGGCUACAACGCGUUUGGAAGUAGUUUACCCAUAAAGUAAGCGAAAAGUCAUUCACAACACUCUUAUGGAUAACGGAAUACAACAGUAAAAUAUUUAUAAAAAAUUGAAAUCAUAAAGUUAUAAAACAAACAUCUUAUAGUUACUACAUCGAAUGGUGUCACCGAGCCUACAACUCUUCGUUCACUCGCGACAAACUAGAAGAAAAUAUAAAGAAAACUCAAAAGUUUUACGGUGAAGAAGAUGUACGAUCUUUUUUGGUCGAAGGAACGUCUCAUUGUGCUGAUAUGAGACCAGCCAACGAAUAUGACCCGCCAAGCCUAACUGAAGCUAGACAAUUGAUAUUGGAGACCAUUAAGAGAUGGAUUAAGUAA